GACGCAAAAGCCAAAGUCCAAUUCGGAUUUUCCCAUAUUCCCAAGUGUCGUGUGUCGACCAUCCAGAAAAAAUUCCAAUCCACCAUUUCAUACCAUACAAACUCCAUUCCCAGAUUCCACAAUUCCCAUAGCAAUGGAAGAACAUCAAAACCUUCUCCAAUCCUAUCCUUACUAUUGGGGCUACACCCCAGAAGAGGACUACUAUGAACAACAAGGAAUAAGAGCCUCAAAAUCGUUGUUCAAAACACCAAGAGGAUUAACCCUCUUUACAAGGUCCUGGCUUCCCCCACUCACAACCCCACCACGCGCCCUCAUCUUCAUGGUUCAUGGUUAUGGCAACGACAUCUCGUGGACCUUCCAAGCCACCCCAAUUUUCCUUGCCCAGAAGGGUUUCGCUUGUUUCGCCCUUGACCUAGAGGGUCAUGGCCAAUCGCAAGGCCUCAAGGCCUUCGUCCCUAGCGUGGACCUCGUUGUACAGGAUUGUCUCUCCUUCUUCACUUCCAUCAAAAAAGACCCUAACUUUAAUGGGUUGCCUUGUUUUCUCUAUGGUGAGUCAAUGGGUGGUGCCAUUUGCCUCAUGAUACACUCUGCUGAUCCAAAAGGGUUCCAAGGUGCCAUCUUGGUGGCACCCAUGUGCAAAAUCUCUGAUAAGGUUAGACCAAGAUGGCCAAUUCCUCAGAUUCUUACUUUCAUUGCAAGGUUCUUUCCCACUUUGCCCAUUGUUCCCACCCCAGAUCUUCUCUACAAGUCUGUUAAGGUUGAUCACAAGAAGGUCAUUGCUGGUAUGAACCCCGUGAGGUAUAGAGGGAAACCCAGGUUGGGGACUGUGGUGGAGCUCCUGAGGGUCACUGAUCUUUUGAAUCAGAGGCUCUGUGAUGUGAAUCUUCCUUUCAUUGUGUUGCACGGUAGUGCUGAUGUUGUUACUGACCCUAAUGUCAGCAGGGAAUUGUAUGAAGUGGCAAGGAGUGAAGACAAGACAAUUAAGGUCUAUGAAGGGAUGAUGCAUUCUUUGCUUUUUGGGGAAACUGAUGACAAUGUUGAAACUGUUAGGAAUGAUGUUUUGUCAUGGUUGAAUGCUAGAUGUAAUGGAAGGACAAUAGAUGUAGAUUAACAUGGUCAUGAAUCAUGAUGAUGUUGAAGGUUGU